GAGGGAAGGGGAAGGGAGGCGGGAGGCGGGGCCGAGCCGGAGCCAGAGCUAGGGUCCGAGCCGGCGGUUUCAGUGGAGGCGGUGAUGUCGGUGCAGGUUGUGUCGGCUGCGGCUGCCGCCAAGGUGCCUGAGGUGGAGUUGAAGGACCUGAGCCCCUCCGAGGCGGAGCCGCAGGUGGGACUCAGCACGGCAGCUGUGGGCGCCAUGGCCCCCCCAGCCGGCGGCGGGGACCCAGAGGCUCCAGCUCCGGCCGCCGAGCGGCCCCCGGUCCCCGGCCCGGGCUCGGGCCCCGCCGCGGCUCUCAGCCCUGCCGCCGGCAAGGUGCCGCAGGCGUCGGCCAUGAAGCGGAGCGACCCACAUCACCAACACCAGCGGCACCGCGACGGCGGCGAGGCCCUGGUCAGCCCCGACGGCACCGUCACCGAGGCGCCUCGCACAGUCAAGAAGCAGAUCCAGUUUGCUGACCAGAAGCAAGAAUUCAAUAAACGUCCCACCAAAAUUGGACGUCGCUCUCUGUCUCGUUCCAUUUCCCAGUCAUCUACUGACAGCUACAGCUCAGCGGCUUCAUAUACAGAUAGCUCUGAUGAUGAGACAUCCCCCAGGGACAAGCAGCAGAAGAACUCAAAGGGAAGCAGUGACUUCUGUGUCAAGAACAUCAAGCAGGCGGAGUUUGGACGGAGAGAAAUUGAAAUUGCCGAACAAGAAAUGCCUGCACUGAUGGCUUUGAGGAAGAGAGCUCAAGGAGAAAAGCCUUUGGCUGGAGCCAAAAUUGUGGGUUGUACACACAUUACUGCUCAGACUGCUGUGCUUAUGGAAACUCUGGGUGCUCUGGGGGCACAGUGCCGAUGGGCUGCCUGCAAUAUCUACUCCACUCUCAAUGAAGUAGCUGCUGCUCUAGCAGAAAGUGGAUUUCCUGUCUUUGCCUGGAAAGGAGAGUCAGAAGACGACUUUUGGUGGUGCAUUGAUAGAUGUGUGAAUGUGGAGGGCUGGCAGCCAAACAUGAUCUUGGAUGAUGGAGGGGAUCUUACUCACUGGAUUUAUAAAAAGUAUCCCAACAUGUUUAAGAAAAUCAAAGGCAUAGUCGAGGAGAGUGUCACUGGAGUCCACCGGCUGUACCAACUGUCCAAAGCUGGGAAGCUCUGUGUUCCAGCCAUGAAUGUAAAUGACUCAGUCACCAAACAGAAAUUUGACAACCUCUACUGUUGCCGUGAAUCAAUUCUUGAUGGACUUAAAAGGACAACAGACAUGAUGUUUGGUGGAAAGCAAGUGGUGGUCUGUGGCUAUGGAGAGGUGGGGAAAGGGUGCUGUGCUGCUCUGAAAGCCAUGGGCUCCAUUGUGUAUGUAACUGAAAUUGACCCCAUCUGUGCCCUGCAAGCCUGUAUGGAUGGAUUUCGACUGGUGAAAUUAAAUGAGGUCAUCCGACAAGUGGACAUUGUUAUUACUUGUACAGGUAACAAGAACGUGGUAACCAGAGAGCAUUUGGACCGUAUGAAGAAUGGCUGCAUUGUAUGCAACAUGGGGCAUUCCAACACAGAGAUUGAUGUGGCGAGUCUGCGGACACCAGAGCUAACCUGGGAGCGAGUGAGAUCUCAAGUUGACCAUGUGAUAUGGCCUGAUGGCAAGAGGAUAGUCUUACUGGCUGAGGGCCGUUUGCUGAACCUAAGCUGCUCCACAGUGCCUACAUUUGUGCUCUCAAUCACCGCAACUACUCAGGCUCUCGCCUUGAUAGAGCUUUAUAAUGCUCCUGAGGGUCGCUAUAAGCAGGAUGUCUACUUGUUACCCAAGAAAAUGGAUGAGUAUGUGGCGAGUCUACACCUGCCCACCUUCGAUGCCCACCUGACAGAGCUGACAGAUGAACAGGCCAAGUAUCUGGGACUCAACAAGAAUGGGCCCUUCAAGCCUAAUUACUACAGGUAUUAAGUUCCUGUAACUCAAGCCAGAAGUUUUAAGGAGUAGAACUCCAAGCCUUUUCUCCACUACUAUCCAAGAAAGAACCCAGCAAGAACGCUUCUCUGAUCAGAGCUGCUCACCGUGCUCACCCUGUGUGUUAGGUUAUUUAUUUAUUAAAAUCUAGAUUCCUAUGCCUGUAGCCUUGGCCCAGAGUGUGGUUACUGUUCCAAGGGCCAUGAGAGCCACAGAGGACAGACUGAGGAAGGAAAAAAUGGAGUAACCUUUCCUACUACGUCAUUCACUUCACAGACACACUCAUCCAUUGAAUCCUCAGCAGUGGCCGUUUUCUCUUGUCCAGGCUCAGGAGUCAGCCCAGGGAUUUCAGGCUCCUUCUCUGGGCUUUUCUGGAAUAAAUGUUCAGCAGCUGCCUUUCUCAGCUUUCGCCCUUCCCCAUAUGAGGCCUUUUGGAAGCCACCAAAUUAACAUGACCUGGGUUCCCAGCCUUGACCAUCACUAUCACUGCCUUCUUUAUUUAAAAAGGCUGGUAAGGAAGGAGUGUUAAGACCUUGGCAAGUUGCACCAAAAGCUCACCUGAGCCUAUGCCUGUGCCUACUUAGGUCUCCUCCUUCACCUAGGACUCCUCCUUCUCCUUGAAUAUUUAUGUCCCAUUUUAAUGCUUUCUGGUUCCAAGAGGGAUGUGCCUCUGUGAUUUCCUCAACAGCUCUGGUGUUUCGGCCUCUUUCUAACUCCACCAAACUCUGCUCAGGAAGUGGGAGCCAGCUCUACUUCUCGUAGUUUUGCUUCUUUGUCAUUUCACUGGAAUUUCCCAGGAAGUCCCCUCCAGGUUGAUAACUCUCAGAAAAGGAGGGCUUGUUGGAGAACACUGCUUCCUGAAACUUCCUGUUAUUGCCUAAAACUAUUUCUGAAACUGAGUAGGGAAAGCCAUACUUUCUCAAAGAGUUGGAGGUUUAAGGGACAGGUCUUUCAGGCCUACAGCUUGACCCUCUAAAGAAGCAGAUAUGUUUAUUUGUUUCCUUGGAAAGACCUUGCAGCUUGACUGGCUGAGAGAUAAAGAGAUGACACUGUAGACUCCCCAGAUGAUCAAAGCUAGUUUGACUAGUUUGAACCUCAUCCAGUAUUCAUCCUUUUGGCCAUUGUCAGUGAUGAAACUAAGAUCUGCAAACUGAUCUGUCUUCUCUGCUGUUAUCUCUUUAUGAUCUGACCUCUUCCAUUUAAGGAUUCAGUUUCAGAGAGAGUUUCUUGAGUAAUUCCAGCAUUAUAAAAAAAAUUUAAUAAUAUGAGCAGCAUGAGAUUUUAUAUCCUAUCUAAGAGUUGAAUCUGUUUCGGAGACUCAUUUGCUGGUUUAAAGGUUUCUGGGGCACCAGAACGUCUGGAGUGACCAUAGGAAUCUUGAAAUGAGUCUCUUUUUCCCUAGCCAACUCUGUUUAAUACUCUCAUGUUUGACUUUUUUUUUUCCUUAUCUGUGUCAAAGUCUCAGGACUAAGAUGAUUCAAGGAAACACCAGACCACCCAGAAUCACUAUAAGCUUCCUAUGCUGAUCAUUCUCCCCCACCUCUGUCCUCACCAACUUCCUCUGGUCUUAACAUUCACCCUUGGAGCUAGUCUGGAAGUGCCCUUACUUUUGGAGAUAGAGAGGUGGAACUUGAGUAAAUGGCUAAUUGCCUCAUGAAAUAGUAUACGGGCUCAGCCCGUAGAGUUUGGUUCUUCAGAAGUCUCAGCAGUAGCACAUACUUGGCUAUAUUCUUUUUGAUAAGGAAGACCAUAAAUGCUGAAAAUUCUACUAGGCUACUCAAUUCUAUUGCCUGCCCAGUUCUGAUUUUUAUAUUAAUUAGUUGAAUCUCUUCAGCAAAAGAUUCAGAUCUCUGUACCACAUCUCAUGUUCAGAGCUGAUUCCAUUAGGCGGGUAUCUGGACUCUAGCCUAUUAAGUUCUUAGAACAAAAAUCGUAAUUUACUGUUUCUCAGCAAAGCCUUGCUCUCUACAGAGCUUACUAUGUGCUAGUACUUACAGAGUACUAUUGUGAAGAGACCCACUUCAAAUAGUGAAAGACCCACAAGGGCUUCUAAGUUAGCUUGCCAGUGUUGCUGCCCACGGUGAGGUAUUUGCCUCUGAGUUUCAGAUGAUCUCUCUCUCUCUCUCUCUCUCUCUCUCUCUCUCUCUCUCUUUCUCUCUCUCUCCCUCCCUGUGUCAUCAACCAUUAAGAAGGAAGAAGCCCAGGCCUUCUGUUCAGGUUAAUCUUAGUGUUGGAGUCUAAUUACUAUUCUCGCUACUUUUGAAAUCAGCAAAUAUGACUUCUUUCCUCCAGUCUCUCACCUUAGAUGCAUCCUAGCUAUCAGGAGGCAAAGGAAAGAAAGCUAAUUAUCCCUUUGUAUGUGACCCUGGCCUGUGGGGAUACAUACCAUUUUAUCUACAAUGAAUUUGUGCUGGUUUAAAGGUCUUUUUGCCUUCUUAAUGGAAAUACUGUUUCCUUUUUCUCAUUUAAAAAAAAAAUGCUUCUAGGCUGGGGAUUUAGCUCAGUGGUUCCACUGCCUGCCUUGCAAGCAAAAAGACCUGAGUUCAAUCCCCGAUACCAAAAAAAAAAAAAAUCCUUCUAGUCUACCUUCCCACUGCCCUUCUACCUCCCCAUCCUACCUCCAAUUUGAGCAUGGUUCCCCAUGGCCACACACUCCUGCAAAGCUUUUUUGCUGCUUGGCUUUUCUCUGAACAGAUCUAAAAUUGCUGCUCCUGUGGUUUUCUCAAAAUUAACUUUGUCAUGGUUCUAAAAAUAAAUAAAUAAAAAUGCAUUGUUGCAUUAAGCUUUUUUAAUAAUGGAAAAUUAUGGAAAGAAAAUAGGCAACACCAGCAAAUUAUACGUGGACAAGUCCUAAACUAUAUAUACAUAUAUACAAAUAUAUAUUAAACUAAUCAUCUAGUUCUCACUGUCAUCUUACUGAAAGAAAAAAAUCCUAAGACUCACCAUUUCUGAGAAGCUCUUGGAAAUCUUAUGUCUAAGUGAUUGUAUUAGAUCAGCAAUAAUGACUAUGUAAUCGCAAAAGACAAAUAAAAAUAUUCUUAAAAUGGA